CAUCACUGCGGCGGGGCCCUUUAAACCCCUCACCCAGCCAGCGCCCCGUCCUGUCUGCCCCAGCCCAGACGCCGCACCUCACUCCUUGCUGCGAAUCCGAGGAGCCCCUCUUUCCCCAGCAUGGCCAACAAGGGUCCUUCCUAUGGCAUGAGCCGCGAGGUGCAAUCCAAAAUUGAGAAGAAGUACGACGAGGAGCUGGAGGAGCGGCUGGUGGAGUGGAUCAUCGUGCAGUGCGGCCCUGACGUGGGCCGCCCGGACCGUGGGCGCCUGGGCUUCCAGGUCUGGCUGAAGAACGGCGUGAUCCUCAGCAAGCUGGUGAACAGCCUGUACCCAGAGAGCUCCAAGCCAGUCAAGGUGCCCGAGAACCCACCCUCCAUGGUCUUCAAGCAGAUGGAGCAGGUGGCUCAGUUCCUGAAGGCAGCUGAGGACUACGGGGUCACCAAGACUGACAUGUUCCAGACUGUUGACCUCUUUGAAGGCAAAGACAUGGCUGCAGUGCAGAGGACCCUGAUGGCUUUGGGCAGCCUGGCAGUGACCAAGAAUGAUGGGCACUACCGUGGAGAUCCCAACUGGUUUAUGAAGAAAGCGCAGGAGCACAAGCGGGAGUUCACAGAGAGCCAGCUGCAGGAGGGCAAGCAUGUCAUCGGCCUUCAGAUGGGCAGCAACAGAGGGGCCUCGCAGGCGGGCAUGACAGGCUACGGACGACCUCGGCAGAUCAUCAGCUAGAGGGGCGUGGCCAGCCCGGAGCCCUGCCCCUCCCCGGCCCCCUGGCCGCAGCUGUCCCGCUUAGCCCGCCUCACCCACACCUGUACCGUUUCUCAGCCUUGGCCAAGCUUCGAGGCUGUCACUGGACAAAGGUGACUGCACACGGGCAGCUCCCCUCACCGCCCCCGCCUCGGCUCGAUGCCCUGCGCCAAAGCACCGCUGCUGUGCCGGCCCCUCCUCCCGGCUGCCCCUGCCUCUGCCGCCUCUCCCCACCCUGGGCCUGGCAGGGGAAGUGGGCUGGGGCAGCCCUGCGGUGGGGCGAGCCCACUGUCCUUGGCAGCAAAGCCUACUGGAGGAGACAGCCCGGCCUCCCCCAUCUGUUCCUGGAAUACUUUUGGGGUCGAAAUUCAACAAGGAAACAAAUAUAUACAUGCCUCUUUUCUCA